CUCGAAACAGAACCUCUAUCCAAUCAACAGGUGAAAAAUGUUUUAGAUGGCGAAAUUUGUUUGGUUUAAAAUUCGACUAAAUCUCGUUUUCUUUUCUCAUUUUCUGCUCAGUUUGCAAAGAUAACCCUCAUUCCGUUUUUUUUUCUCAGCUGUAUAAUUCAAAUAUAUACUUGCCUGUUCCAUCUUCCUCUGACUCUUGAAUAUCUACCUUUGUAUUUAUAUGUUUAUAUUGAAAUCAUUGAAAAAGAACUUUGAAUCAAAAAUGUCUUCUGUUGGUACCCUAUAUUCUCCUGCAGCAUCUCCUCGUUGUCCAAUUUUAAACUACAUUAUCGAUUUUUAUAAUCUUCCUGUUAAAAUUGCCGAAAAGGACGAUCUAUUUGUUAAGCACUUUCCAUUAGGAAAGGUCCCAGCUUUUCUUGGUGCUGGAGAAAAGUUCAAAUUACAUGAGACUUUGGCUAUAUUAUUAUAUGUUGUUUCAUUGAUUUCAAGACCCGGUAAUUUGUUGGGUUCUACUAAAAACGAAUAUUUUGAAGUUUUAAAAUGGUUAUCUUUUAUCAACUCUGAUAUUACAACUGAAUAUGUCAAUGCUGUCUUUCCAGUUAUUGGUGCUUAUCCAUACAAUGAACAAAGGGUGUUGGAUGGUAGAAAACAAUUGAAUAAAUAUGCUAAAGUCUUUGAAGAUUAUCUUGGUGAACAGGAAUUCUUGGUAGGAACUGAUGUAACUUUAGCAGAUUACUUUGCUGCUGUUUUCUUUAAACAAUGUUUUGAAACAUGUUGGGAUAAAUACUGGGCCAAGUCUCAUCCAAAUAUCACCAAAUGGUUUACUGUUGUUCUUGAAAAACCAUUAUUGAAAAAGAAUAUUCCUGAUUUUAAAAUUAUCAAGGAAAAACUUAAACCAAAAUUAUAAGUUUUAGAAAAAAAUACAUAAACAUAUUCAUUUUAUAGUUUUAAUUCAUA